AUGGAUACAUCUACCGCUAGUACCUCUGCCCACAAUCAGCAUCACCCAUCGUUUGCACCCACUGGUACCAUUGAAGUGCCUGUUUUCUAUCCGUCUAUUGAAGAAAUGCGCGAUUUUCCGACACUGAUCAAUAAAAUUGAACAACAACACCAUGCUCAUCUGGUUUGCGGCAUUGCAAAGAUCGUACCUCCGCCGGAAUUCUAUGCAAGGAAAUCAGGCGACUAUUCUGACGUCGACAAUUAUGUCAUCGAUCAGCCAGUUAAAGAAAAAAUAGAAGGGAAUGCUGGAGUGUAUACUAAAACAAAUAGGUUAUAUCGAAGAUCAAUUACUGUACAAGAAUUUCGAGCACUUGCAAAGAAAUCACCUUUUCCAAAAGGUGAUUUACCACCGCAGGAGAUUGAAAAAUAUUAUUGGAAACAUGUGUUACAAGGGGAACCGGUUUAUGGUGCUGAUUCACCGGGGACUAUAUGUGACGAAAAUCUUAGAGAAUUCAAUAUGAAUCGUUUGGGCACGGUUCUUGAUAUGCUAGAUAGCAGUGGAGUCAAAAUUAAAGGUGUGAAUACGGUUUAUUUGUAUUUCGGCAUGUGGAAAACAACAUUUCCAUGGCAUCCCGAAGACAUGGAUCUUUAUUCCAUCAAUUAUGUUCAUUUUGGUAAACCAAAGUUCUGGUAUGCUAUAGCUACGGAUUCGUUAAGUCGUUUUGAACGUUUCGCUGCGCAGUGUUUCCCAUCCGCAGCAAAAACAUGUAAAUCAUUUCUACGCCACAAAACAUUCAUGAUCUCUCCACAUGUAUUACGAAAAAACAACAUCAGAUACGGAACAAUGGUUCAGUAUGCAAAUGAAUUCAUAAUUACAUUUCCACGAGGAUACCACAUGGGUUUUAAUAUUGGCUAUAAUUGUGCAGAGUCAACAAAUUUUGGAUCCGAUCGAUGGAUUGAUUUUGGCAAGAAUGCUUUGGUGUGUGGCUGCCGUUCAGACAGUGUUGAAAUUGAUAUGCGACCAUUUAUGAAGACAUAUCGAGCUGCUGAAUAUGAUGAGUGGUACCAGUAUUGGUACGGAGAACGACUUGCCAAAGAAAGAAAAAGAGUGACAAGCUCAAAACGUCAACCAGUAUAUGAUGAGAAAGCAGUAGAAAGGAAGAAGCGUCGAAAAACUCAGAAAAGUGGUGGUGCACGUGGGCCGCAUGUUGAAGAAGGUAUCCGUACAGGAAGUUCUGGAUUUAAUGGUGAUAUGAAUGGUUACCAGCAGGAGGUGUCAGCAGUGGCUUCAAAUAUGAUUGUAAGCAACAAGUGGAAAAAGGAGGUCCGAGAUUUAUGGUCAAAUCUACCCGGAAGCCUCUACGCUGAAAAAGAGUUUAAUAUUCGUCAUGCUUAUGAAACACCGCACUGUUCUAUAUGUCAGUAUUUUGUACCAAGACCACUAAUGGAGAAGAAAAAAAAUUUGCCGCUGACAUCUCAGCGUCUUGUAAAACGUGCAUAUUAUGCGAAGAUGAAUCCUGAAACGUAUAAUAUAAAUGAAGAUGAUGCUGCCUGUGAUGACCGAUUGUUUAAAUGCGCAAACUGUUUUGUAGUUGUACAUGAAGGUUGCUAUCCAAUCGGAAAUAUUCCUAAUGAUGUAACUCAGUGGAGGUGUGUACGUUGUAGGCAACGAGAUGAUUUGGCACUGCGUUCAGCAAGUUGUCACCUAUGCGAAUUGCGUGGUGGCGCCCUGAUACCUUGUGAAAAUAGUGAAGGGGAGUUUGUCCAUGUUAUUUGUGCGUUGUUAAAUCGUCGUACAGUUUUUUUGGAUCCAGUAAAACUAACAUCAGCAUAUACUUUACCACCACCAAAGUUUUGCGCGCCGAACAAGUAUCCAGAUCUUAUGAACAAGGAAUAUAUGGGAGCCUUCGGCGAAAAUUGUGAACGAGGCAAAUUUGAGUGCGAGUUUUGCUUGCAUUCGCGCGAAGGAUUAUUGAAAUGUCUUUCGUGCGAUGAUACACUCUUUCAUGCAACAUGUGGUCGUCUAGCAGGUGUUUCUUUCGAAUUCCGGAACUGGCCAGAUCUUACUGUUGCUGUCUGUCCUGAACAUAAUGACGGUGAAGUAAAUACAUCAGCAGUAUCAGUUGGUGAUAACGUUCGUGUGUGUUUGGGUGAUUGUGGUCGUUUACUGAAAGGAACGGUUUCCAGUAUUGAAUAUCAUGAUUGUUGUACGGUAAAUUUUAUGGAUCGUAACUGGAGUGAUGAUUUGCCAUCAGAAGAUAUUGUCGAAUGUGAAUGCUCCCGAUUUAAAUGCAAUGGAUGGCACGUGCCUGGAGCUAAGAUCAAGGUGAAAUGGGACGAUGGUUUAAUCUAUGAUGGUAUUUUUCGGAAUCGCUAUCAGCGUGCUGUUUAUACAGUUAAUUUAAACGCGAAACAAACACAGAAUCAUCCAGCGGUAGUACAGGUUGGACGAGAUGCAAUAUUUGCACGUGGUGAGAAGCCAAACAUUGUGUAA